CGUUCGCGCUUCACGAUUAUGUGAAAGCCGCAGAAGCCAUAAACUCUUGGCGUCCAGUGUUUAUAAAAGUCAACCCAUUGAAGUUGAGUUUUCUCAUUUGCAUUGUAAGAGUUUAGAAUCUCUUCUUUUUUUUCAAGGUAUUUCAUGGAGUUCAAUGAGGAUGUUGAGGGUUCAGUACCCAAGUUUGGUGCAAUCUUCAUGUCAAACAGUGCUACAAAAAAGGAAUGCCUCAAACGCGACAUCUGAUGGGAUUAUGAAUCUUAAGCCCCAGGCAUUUACUUCUUCUGGAAAUUUUCCUGCGCAGGUUCGGAUUGCUCCAAUCUGGUCAUGUCGCCCUCUUUCUGAAGUUGUAUUUCGGGAAGCUAUCAAAGAUAAUUACUAUUCACCUAAAAAGUUCCGUUUUGGUCUUUCUGAGCAGCAGGUUCGUGCACUUUUACACCUAUUCUACUUGAGAAGGUUGAACGAUAGAAUCCCUGAUAUCCAUCGGACUAGAAAGAGAAAGAUAAACGAUGAUGGCAUGCUUCCUAGUCACGAUGCUUCAGAAAGUGAUAAUUGGCCCCCUUGGCAUGCUACAAGUGCAGAUUGCGGUGGCGAUGCUUCAGAAAGUGAGGUCCUUAAUAAAUGGCCCUUUUGGCAUGUUACAAGUGCAGAUUGCAGUGGGGAUACUUUGGGCACUAUAAACUCAGCUCCUGAUAGCGCAUUUUUUUCAGACAGCAGGUUUUCAACUGAGCACGUUAACAACUCUUUAAUAGGAUCAGUGGGAGCAGAUAGGGAGUCUCUUAUGAAUAAGGACAGAUUCAAGAGUGUUCAUAACAUUGGAGAUGGUAUAGAGCCAGACUUUUUAAGCAGCAGGUUCUCAACUGAGCACAUUGGCAAGUCCGGAGGAGAUAGAGAGCCCUUAAUGAUUGAGGACAGAUUUAGGAGUGUUCAUAACUUUGGAGAAGGUAUAGAGCCAUACAUUGUAAAAAGCAGGUUCUCAACUGAGCACAUUGGCAAGUCUUCGAUAGGAUUGGUUGGAGCAGAUAGAGAGCCCCUUAUGAUUGAGGACAGAUUCAAAAGUGCUCAUAAUUUUGGAGAUGGUAUAGAGCCAGGCUUUUUAAACAGCAGAUUCUCAACUGAGCACAUUGGCAAAUCUGGAGCAGAUAGAGAGCCCCUUAUGUUCGAGGACAGAUUUAGGAGUAUUCGCAACUUUGGAGAUGGUAUAGAGCCAAACUUUGUUAAAAGCAGGUUCUCAACUGAGCACAUUGGCAAGUCUUCGAUAGGAUUGAUUGGAGCAGACAGAGAGCCCCUCAUGAUGGAGGACAGAGCUAAGAGUGUUCUUAACAUUGGAGACCGUAUAGAGCGAGACCAUUUACCUGUAUAUCCUAGCUACAUCACUUUGAGUGAAGACGUUGUAGCUGAUGACUACACGUUUAGCAAGGAUGAUGGGGUAGCAAAUGCUUGUGAUGUUGAGAGUUGUAUCAAGCCUAAUUUCUCAUCAGGUUUAGUAUCUAUUGAUACACUUCAUAGAACUGUUCCUUAUGAUCCUGAAUUCCCAGAUAUAAAUUAUCAAUGCCCCUCUCAAAUUAUGAAUUCAGCUCAAGAUCUUUAUUCUCACCAAGUUCAUGAUGAGCAUUUCCUCCCUUUGUCAACUAGUAAAUGUGUACCGCAUGAUGCGGCCUUAGGUUCAUUAUAUUCCGAAGCACCAGUGGUUAAAGCUAGUGUGUUUUCUCGAUUAAGCGUGGCGCCCAGAACUUACAAAAAAGAAGAUAAAGGCAUUCAUGAUGAAGAUGGUAGGCUUGCAUCAAUAGAUGAAAUUAUGGACUCGUUGCACCAUGCUCACAACCGUUGGGUGAAGGGUAAACCCCCAGUUGGACCAAAAAGUAGGUAUGUAUAUGUUCGAUGUAAAGAGGACUCUGAAUUUUCAAAUCAAUCACAAUCUGAGCCGCCUCUGGUAGCAAAAGAGAUGACAACGGAUGUAGACUGUUUUUUGGAAGAGGACAGUGACAUAGUAUGGAAGGAGACUCGUGUUGUGGAUUUUAAGCGUCGCAGUAAAAAGAACAAGGUUCUGGAUGAUAUGGCUUCUAAAGUUUCUGCUGAGACCACUAGGACUUGUAAGAUAUCAGUUAAUGCAGAAGGCGAGGAUUUGGCAGGUAAAGCAGGUAAGACUAGAAAAUUGAUUAGACCAGAUUUCAGUAAAAAGCUGUCUCAUGAUAGCACUCAAAAUUCACCAUCCGCUUUAAAUGAAGCUACUGAUAUCCUUGGAAAAUGUGAAGGCGGGGAGAAAAUUGAUGAAAGAAACUCCCAAGACCAUAAAGAAGUAACUGAAGUUGGUAGUGGGUCUAAUGAAUGUGAACAGAAAAGUAGCUUACAGUUAGGAAGUGAGAAUCGGGUAAAUGUUUCGAAACAGGACCUUGUUAGCUGCCCCUCGAGUGGCUCCGGUGCACAAGAACAACCACCAUAUACAAGUAGAGCCACUGAUGUUCCUAAAAAUCUGGAAGAGAAAGAAACCGCAGGCAUAAACCAUCAAGUUUCUAAUGGGGAUACUCUUGAACAGAGAUGCAGCCUGCAGAGCUAAAAAGGUUAAGGAAUUUUUUAAAAAGCACCAUGUCAAAUGUUGAUUUUGGAGAAAGGUUUAGUGAUUAGUUGGCGUAUAAUGCAGCCACCUUUAUUAAAAAGUCUGCUGGUUCAUUGUGCAAGUAGGUAUCAAAAUUAACGAUUUGCUUGCAGUGCUAUUUCUCUUUCAUUUUCUUCUGUGGAGUUCUGGGUGAAUCUAUGAAGAUAUAAUACUCCCAUACCAUUCUCGGGAUAUUAGAAUAUAUCUUGUUAGAUUUAAUGCAGACUUAUUGUAGUUGGAUUUCUUCCCUAGCAAGUGAGGGAAUCCUAGCGUGGGAUGCUCUUAUGCUUUUGUCCAAUUGGAAACUGUUAGCAGCUUCUAAGCUGGCAACCUACCCUUAUCUAUAUAAAUAUAUACUGACCAGAUGACCAGUUGUGGAUAUCUGUUUUUAUCUUUUUUUUUUGUUUUACCGAGGUUUUUCGAUUGAAUUUUAAAUAUAUGUGCUAUCUUGUGUA